CGGCGCCGAGGCGCGGCGGCAGGACGGGAGCCCAGUGAGCUGCAGCCAGGAGCUCCAGGACCUUGACCAGGCCUCAUCCCUCUUGGGUUUUCUUGUGAAGUGUGGACCCAGUAGUUUCCGAGGGUUGUUGUGAAAAUGAAAUUGCACAGCUAGGUCUUGACUCUGCUAACCGGGAUCCCCCUGUGGUUUCGAGCUUGGACCUCAGCAGCACGAGGAAAUGUAGCUCAGCGGCUUGUAACGGAAAGCAUAUGGACAGGUCCACGGUGCGGCAUUUAGGUGCUAAGAGAUGGCGGCACUUGUGGGGCUCUUCUCUGCCUGAGCAUCGGGCCCUCCAGGCACCGGGAGAGCCGGCUCAGAUCCUGCUGGGCUCCUUGCCUGAACAAGCCUCCUCUUCCAGCCCCGGCAGUCCAGCGGCUAAACUGCCCGUUUUCUCUUAAUGAUGGGCAUCGGUAAGAACACCACGUCCAAAUCCAUGGAGGCCGGAAGUUCAACUGAAGGCAAAUACGAAGAUGAAGCGAAGCACCCUGGUUUCUUUACUCUUCCGGUGGUGAUAAAUGGAGGUGCCACGUCCAGCGGUGAACAGGACAAUGAAGAUACGGAGCUCAUGGCAAUCUACACGACAGAGAAUGGCAUCGCAGAAAAGAGCUCUCUUGCCGAAACCUUGGAUAGCACUGGCAGUCUAGACCCCCAGAGGUCGGACAUGAUUUAUACCAUAGAAGACGUCCCCCCCUGGUACCUGUGCAUAUUCCUGGGGUUACAGCACUACCUGACCUGUUUCAGUGGCACCAUCGCUGUGCCCUUUCUGCUGGCCGAUGCUAUGUGUGUGGGGUACGACCAGUGGGCCACCAGCCAGCUCAUCGGGACCAUUUUCUUCUGCGUGGGAAUCACAACCUUGCUGCAGACAACGUUUGGAUGCAGGUUACCCCUGUUUCAGGCCAGUGCUUUUGCAUUUCUGGCCCCUGCUCGAGCCAUCCUGUCUUUAGAUAAAUGGAAAUGUAACACCACAGAUGUUUCAGUGUCCAAUGGAACCACAGAGCUGCUACACACAGAGCACAUCUGGUACCCCCGGAUACGUGAGAUCCAGGGUGCCAUCAUCAUGUCCUCACUGAUAGAAGUGGUCAUCGGCCUCCUCGGCCUGCCUGGGGCUCUGCUGAAAUACAUCGGGCCCCUGACCAUUACGCCCACGGUGGCCCUCAUCGGGCUGUCUGGCUUCCAGGCGGCAGGAGAGAGAGCGGGGAAGCACUGGGGCAUCGCCAUGCUGACAAUUUUCCUAGUAUUAUUGUUUUCGCAGUAUGCCAGAAAUGUUAAAUUUCCUCUCCCAAUUUACAAAUCCAAGAAAGGAUGGACUGCAUACAAGUUACAGCUUUUCAAAAUGUUCCCUAUCAUCCUGGCCAUCCUUGUGUCCUGGCUGCUGUGCUUCAUCUUCACAGUGACUGACGUCUUCCCUCCCGACAGCACAAAGUACGGCUUCUAUGCUCGGACGGACGCCAGGCAGGGCGUGCUUCUGGUAGCCCCGUGGUUUAAGGUCCCGUACCCGUUUCAGUGGGGCCUGCCCACCGUCUCCGCCGCCGGUGUCAUCGGCAUGCUCAGCGCAGUGGUCGCCAGUAUUAUUGAGUCCAUCGGGGAUUAUUACGCCUGCGCAAGGCUCUCCUGUGCACCGCCGCCCCCCAUCCAUGCAAUCAACAGGGGGAUUUUCGUGGAGGGUCUCUCCUGUGUUCUCGAUGGCAUAUUUGGUACUGGGAAUGGCUCUACUUCAUCCAGUCCCAACAUUGGCGUUUUGGGAAUUACUAAGGUCGGCAGUCGCCGGGUGAUCCAGUACGGCGCGGCCCUCAUGCUGGCGCUGGGCAUGAUCGGCAAGUUUAGUGCCCUCUUCGCCUCCCUCCCGGAUCCGGUGCUCGGCGCCCUCUUCUGUACUCUCUUCGGAAUGAUCACAGCUGUUGGGCUCUCCAACCUGCAGUUCAUCGACUUAAAUUCUUCCCGGAACCUCUUUGUGCUUGGAUUUUCGAUCUUCUUUGGGCUUGUCCUUCCAAGUUACCUCAGACAGAACCCUCUCGUCACAGGAAUAACAGGAAUCGAUCAGGUGUUGAAUGUUCUUCUCACAACUGCUAUGUUUGUAGGAGGCUGCGUGGCUUUUAUCUUGGAUAACACCAUCCCAGGUACUCCAGAAGAAAGAGGAAUCAGGAAAUGGAAGAAGGGUGUGGGCAAAGGGAGCAAGUCGCUCGAUGGCAUGGAAUCCUACGAUUUGCCAUUUGGCAUGAACAUUAUUAAAAAAUACAGAUGCUUCAGCUACUUACCCAUCAGCCCAACCUUUGUGGGCUACACGUGGAAAGGCCUCGGGAAGAGUGCCACCAGCCGGAGUUCGGAUGAGGACUCACAGGCCACGGUAUAGCUGUAGGUCACCCUGUGGCCCAGCCGCAGUGAGGCAUGAAGCUGUAGUUCCUUGCUGAGUAACAAGCAGUAACAUAUAUGUUUGUAUAUCUGCAUUUACCUUCUGCACCCAGGGCUAAGACGAUUACAGAUAGCUUUUUUGUUGUGGGUGGUGAUCGUGUCUA